UUCGGCAGGAAAAGUUACGCUCGGACUGCUUGGAAAACACUGGGCACGAACCUUUUGCUGGCUGUCGAAAAGUUUUUAUGAGCGGAAACGACGCAUAGGUGUGGGUCGCGUUUGAACUUCGCUUCACCUGUUCCUCAGACUCCGGAGGUUUAAGCUUCGCCCCGCCUCCUGCCCGUUACCGACCGUGCACCGCGACCAUCCGCUCACACCCCGCUGACCCCUUGCCGCAUGUUGACGGUGAAAAGAUGCAGUCCACCGGCGAUAGCGGGAAUAUCCGCGGACCCUGCAUUCAAACGGAUUAAACAAACCGGACAGACGUGAAGCUGUGACCCUGAGAGCCGUUUCGCAAUCGCGCACGGAGCCACACGGACGCGGAGGAAGCGAUGUGGGCCUUUCUCUCCACGGUGGCUGUCUUGUAUAUCCAGAUGAUGCUGGUCAUGUGCAAUCCUCUACAGGUGUUUGGAGUGGACGGGGUGAAUUUCAGCGUGCACGUGGAGAAUCAGACUCGUGCACGAGACGCCAUGAGCCGGCGACAUCAUCGCGUGUACCAGCUUUACAGCCGCACCAGUGGGAAACACGUCCAGGUGCUCGGACGCAAAAUCAGCGCCCGAGGAGAGGACGGAGACAAAUAUGCCCAGCUCGUAGUGGAGGCAGACACCUUCGGCAGCCAGGUGCGAAUCCGAGGGAAGGAAACCAAUUAUUACCUGUGUAUGAACCGCAGAGGGAAACUCGUAGGCAAGAAGGCCAGCAAUCGUAGUGCAGACUGCGUCUUCAUCGAGAAGGUUCUGGAAAACAACUACACAGCGCUAAUGUCAGCGCGCUACACUGGGUGGUACGUGGGCUUUACCAAAAGAGGGCGCCCUCGCCGUGGUCCGCACACGCUUCCCAACCAGCAGGACGUCCACUUCAUGAAGCGCUUCCCACCCGGAGAGCAGCCGGAUUUAAUGCCGUUCCGCUUCACCACCGUCAGCAAGAGGAGCAAGAGAGUCCGUGCGGCGCGACCACGCUAAUGCUGACACCAGUGUCCCACUGCUAACGUUUACAUGAGGACGAGAAAUAAACAAAAAGACAGUCCCAGUGAAAAUGACACUGCUAAUGCGAAGCAGGACCGUCUUGUCUUAUUUGAACAGACGAUGCGAUAGCAUCACUUUAUAUUCCACUGGGUUGGACCUCUACAACCCUAAUAAUAAAGACUAGCUAAUUUACACCAGAGCUGUGGUUAAGACAGCUUACUUCAGACAUGGAGAUGACUAACCAAAGCAAACACAAGCAGACGUCUGGCCCAGCGGACGGGUGGAGGAAGCGUUAGGCUGCGCAUCCAACAAGCGGCCCACAAUGAAGACACGAAACAAAACACAAGCGAAUUGGCCUGUAGACGCCGAUUGUGUGGCAAUUUUCCUAAGACAAGACUUGGACGUGAUCCCGCCAAAGGGAGAGCAGCAGAAAUCCCUGAACCUGCGGAAGAAAUAAAGACAGAAAUGGACACUAAUUGGAAACUGAGUCAGAAAGGCUACUGUUAUAUGGGAGCACCUUGGGUAAGACCUGCCUUAAAGGACAUGCUGAGACAAAAUUGAAAAAUCGGGCAUCGUUUGCUCACCUCAUGUUGCUCCCAAUGCAUGUGCGAUUAUUUUUCACUGCAGUGCAAGAUAAUUGCACGUCUGUUUUUCACACUACAGUACAUAGUUACAUCCGUCAAGCUCUCGAAAGGUCAAAAAACACCAUAAAAGGUUCAUACGACACAUCCAUUAUAUUCCAGGUCAU